AUGGCUGACACGUAUUCCACCGACGGUGCCCCCGUCACCAAGCGGCGCACCAUUGACGAUGCCGAUGCGCCCAUCAAGAAUCUCAUCACCAACGACGAUGCCGCGCUGGACAAUCUCGGCAUUGCGCCGUCCAAGAUGGAGCGCAACUUCAACAUCUGGUCCCUGAUGUUCAUGUCCUUCUGCACCACCGUCACCUGGGAGGCCGUCUCGUCCGCGGCGGCUCAGGCCCUCACCAGCGGCGGCAGCUCGAGUCUGGUCUGGGGCUUCGUGGCCUCGGCCGUGGGAGCGUUUCUAAUUGCUCUGUGUAUUGCGGAAUACGCCAGCAUGGUUCCCACGGCUGGAGGCCAGUAUCACUACGUUUCCGAGUUGGCGCCGCUCAAGUACCGAAGGGUCUUUGCCUGGUUUGCCGGCUGGAUCACCAUGAUCGGCUGGAUAACAUGUGCUGCUGCUGGUAUUUUCGCUACGGCCAUGCAGAUUCAGUCAUGGGCGAUUCUCUUCAGUCCCAGCUACGGCUAUGAAAGAUGGCACACCUCUCUGAUUGUCAUUGGUCUGACAGGCUUCUAUACCAUCUUUGCCAUUUAUGAAAUCAAGCGCCUCCAUUAUCUCAUCUUCGUCGGCAUGUUUGCACAUGUCCUUGGGUAUUUCGCCACUUCCAUCUAUCUCCUCGUCCACGUCAACCCCAAGAACACGGCCCAGUACGUCUUUACAGACUUUACAAACCUGAGCGGCUGGGAGAGUCCUGGGAUUGCAUGGUCCAUCGGCCUCAUGACAUCGGCUGUUGGAUUCGUCGGUUGGGAUAGUUCCACGCACAUGGCUGAGGAGAUGACCCAUGCAGCUCGUGAUUUGCCAAGAACCAUGAUUGCCAACAUCGCAGUCAGCGGAAUCCUGACCUUCCCGUGGAUCAUUGCCAUCGCCUUUUGCCUGACCGACGUCCAAGGCCUCCUCAACGGACCCGUCGGACGAAUCAGUCCCUUUGCACAGCUGUACUACAACGUCUCGGGAGGAAACCAAGCCGCCACCAUUGGCCUCACGGCAUGGCUGCCCAUCCUCGGCUUCUGUGGAACUGGAUCGGCCAUCGUCUCUGCAACUUCGCGCGUCAUCUGGGCCUUUGCACGAGACGGCGGUCUCCCAGCUCGCUUCGCAAAGGUCGGCGACCGAACCAAGGUGCCCACGAAUGCGCUGCUCCUCACCUGGGCCUUGGUCUCGAUUCUCUCCCUGAUCUACAUCGGCAAUGCGACGGCUUACUAUGGCAUUGCUUCGGCCACCACGCUCACGCUCCUCGUGUCGUACGCCUUCCCGCUGGUCCUCAACGUGGUUUAUGGAUUUGAGCACUGCACGCUGCCGCGUGGCGUCUUUACUUUGGGACGUUUCCAUCGGCCUAUUGCCGCCCUGGCCCUGGCCUGGAGCACAUAUCUCAUCAUCUUCAUGUGCUUCCCGACAUUCUACCCAGUUACCGCCGUCAACAUGAACUACGCCAUCGUGGUGUUUGCGUCUGGAAUCUUGUUGGCAGUUGUGAGCUGGUUCGCUUACGGCCAGAAGCAUUACAUGGGUAUUACACACAGGCUGGAAGGACACCGAGAGUAG